AUGGAUCUUGUCGCAGGUGUUCGCAAAGAAGGCAGCCGCGGCGGCCGCAACGAGUUUAAAUGGUCUGAUGUGAAGGACUCGGCACAUCGCGAGAAUUACCUCGGCCAUUCUCUUAUGGCCCCCGUCGGUCGCUGGCAACAAGGUCGUGAUCUACAAUGGUAUGCCAAGGGCGAGACAACCGCGGAAGAGCAGGCUCGAAGGGAUCGAAGAGAGAACGGAGAAGUGAGCGGAGUCGGAGUCCAGGAAGGCAUCGUAUGCGGGAUCGCGGGAGCAACAGAGAAAGAGAAAGAGACAGAGACAGAGACAGAGGCCACAGACACCACAGGCAUCACGAAGAGCGCGAACGUCAUCAUCGAAGCCACCGUCACCGAUCGAGAUCCCGGUCUCGUGAUCGCGAACGCCGGAGGAGGCGAACAAGUUCGCGGUCCACGAGCAGAGUAA